AGCUCCCUUGCCAUGUUCCCACAUUCCUCUCUUUUCAUCUCUCACUCUGCACUUCACCAGAGUCUAUAAUCCACACACACGCACAACCCUUUCCCACUCAGGACCUACUCUUUUCUCUCCUCUUCAAUUUUUCUGCACUACCCUCCAUUCCUACUAUUACAACAUUGUACUACUAAUGAAAGCAAAAUAUCAUUAACACACUUCCAAUUUUUACAACUUAAUGGACUUAGACAGCACUAGACCCCACAGUAACACCAGUACUACAACAAGUGAGCUCUUCAUUUGCUUCACUUCUCGUCUUUCUUUAACUUCAUCUUCAUCUUCCAUGAAAUUCUCUAAAUCAAUUCUUAGUCCUGGCCGUGCACGUGACGCGCCUCUUUCACUUCCCAUUUCUUUAAGUCGUAGACUUAAAUCAAAUGGUAGCAUAAAAGGUGGCCAUGGCCAAGCUUCCCCUAUGUUUUCCACAACAAACAAGAAACGUGGGUCGGGUUUUGAAAACCCGGAACCUACUUCCCCAAAGGUGACGUGUAUUGGUCAAGUUAGGGUUAAGACCAAGAAAAAAGUGAAACAAUCAAGAAGUUUAUCGAAAAGAAGAAGUGGAAGUGGAAGUGGUGAAGUGAGUUUUAGAAAAAUAGAGCAAGUUUCCACUGAGGCAUUUAAUCAAACACAUGAUAGACUAUCGUUGAGGAACUCGAGUGUUCAUUAUCAGCAACAAGAAUGUGUUAAUCAUAGGAAUCAGAGAUGGGUUCAUUUGCCUUUGACUAUUUGUGAAGCUUUGAGGGCUUUUGGAGCUGAGUUUAGUUGUUUGUUUCCUUGUCGUUCGUCGUGUUUUUCGACAAACGAAGGAGAAAAAGUGGAAAAAAGAGGGGAAGCUUAUAGGGAAUGCGAUAAUAUUAAUGAGCAGAGAUCUUGUGGGGCGGUUUUUGCGAGAUGGCUAGUAGCGUUACAAGAUGGGGAAGCAGGAAAAAGAAGGGAUAUUGAGUUGGUUGUAGCUAGUGGUGAUCAAGAAGAGGAAAGAAAUGAGGCAAUGCAUAGUACAAGAAGGCAUGUGUUUGAAGAUAUUGAAUUGGAUGAGAUUGUUGAAAUGGAGAAAGGUAGAGUGAGUAUUUGUGUUCCACCAAAGAAUGCUUUGCUACUUAUGAGAUGUAGAUCUGAUCCACUGAAAAUGGCUGACCUUACAAAUCGGUUUAGGGAGUCACCAGUUCUGAAAGAUGAACAUUAUGAUGAUGAAGAUGAAGAAGAAGAAGAGGAUUUCGAAGAAAAUAAGGAUGUAGAAGUAGUGGAUUCUCAGAAAUGUGAACCCAGUAAGGAUGUUAAAGUGCCAGAUGAAACUAGUGUUUCAGUAGAUCUUGAUGAAAUCGAAGAGAUUCCAGAAGAAACAGAGGUCAUGGAAAUGGAAGGAAAGCUAGAAACUUGUGAAUUAGCAGCACAAAUUGAGCAAGAAGAGACCAAGAUUGAGUCUUUUGUAGCUGAAAUUGAGUCUCAAAUGGAAGAAAAUGAAGACAUAGAAGAUAACCAAGUUCGAGAGCUUGAGGAAGGAGAAGGAGAAGAAAUGUCCAUUUUGAGUCAUUCAUCUUUGUUAGAAAACUCAGAUACAGGAACUAUCCAAAUAGAGGAUGAAGAAGUAGUAGAACUAGUAACAGAAGAAGCUUCAUUAGAAGAGGAAGAAGAAAGAUUCAAGUCAACCAUAAUGAAAGAGAUCCAAGAAAUACUAUUAGGCUCUUCUGAUCAAAUUGAGAGUUCGCUUUGCCAGUCCAUGAAUAUGCCGCACCCAGCAGUUCAAGGAGUUGGCCAGAUACGGGUCGAAGCCCUGCCUCGAAAAAGUGAGGACUUUUGGGAAGAUUCCAGGAUGGGGACUCAACAAGAAUCUGAAUAUGAAGAACAAGAAGAAGAUACACCAUUUACAGAGCCAGUUCAAAAUGAAGAUCAAAACAAAGAAGGUAAGCAAAGUGAAGUUGAAUAUCCCAAAGAGCCUGAAAAAGAAGAGAAAGAAUCAGUUUUGCCAGACUGUUUGUUACUAAUGAUGUGUGAACCAAAGCUAUCAAUGGAAGUUUCCAAAGAAACAUGGGUAUGUAGAAGAGACUUCCUCAGAUGGUUACCUGAAAGAAAAUCCCAACAAGUCAAACCACCGCUAAAGAAAGAGAUUAUUCCUGAAGAACAACCAAAAAGGCGGCGUAGCACUGACACUAGACCACCUAUGGAACAUCGAAACAAACAGUUACUACAACCACCAAGAUCAUCAUGUUCUUUACCAGCAGUUGGUGGUAUGUCAAUGGCAACCAUGAUUGAGCAGAAACUAGUGAAUGCAGCUGCUUACGAGCCGUGUGUAUUGACAAGAUGUAAAUCAGAGCCGAUGAGAACGGCUGCAGCUAAGCUGACACCAGAGAAUUGUUGCUGGAAAAAUAGAAAAAUUGAGCCUCAUCGACCGGCUACGUUUGGGGUCGGGGCGGCUGGAGUCGGGUUUUGAGCUGACCCGAAUGGUUGUCAAGUAGUCUAGCACUGUUGUGUCUAGCUUGUACAUUUUCUUUUAAUUUUCAUCAGUAAAUUAUUUAGUUGAAAUUAUCAAUUUUGUUUUAGUUGUUAAUGGCAGUGGGGAGUAUUUAAUUUGUUGGA